GCCAUGCAUUCGGGCUAGCAGAGUAGCAGGGGGCGUUCUUUAACGUCUCUCAGUGUCGUGGUGCCCUGGAAGUAAUUGUGUCUGUUCCGCGCGUUAUAAUUUAAACAGGAAAAAAAAACAAAAAAAAAACGUUUUUAACUGCUAACAAAAAUGACAAUAUUCUAAUAAACAACAGGUAACGGUAAAGAAAACUGCACUGUCAUUUCAGUAUUUGCUGUCAUCGAAGACUGAGACGUAAGUUUUGUUUCUGUGACAGAUGCGCAGGACGAAAAACUUGGAAGCACAUUGACUCAGACAGCUGGGAAUAGCGCGAAUGUGUCAACCCCAGUCAUCAGAGGAACGCUCCAGUGUUUGAAACGAUUUUCUUUCUUUUUUUUCUUUUUUUUAUUCUGCACAAUACAAUAGUCUUGUUAUUGUAACCGAGACAGACUUUAUGUAUAUCUGGUGCUGUAUAAGCACGCCGACGAAGCUUUCUUAAAACUGUAUGAAAAUGGAGGAGCAAAAGGAGAAUAUAAAAUAUCAAGAUGAAAACCAACCAAAACAUAAUGUUCAGGAGAAACGUGAGACAGCUGCUCAAGGUAAACAGUGCUGUACAUCUGAUGAGAAUGAGAAAGCCCCCUCUGCCUCCAGUAAAAGCGAAUUCAGUGAUCCUAUUUACAAAGAGAUCGCUCUUGCAAACGGCCACAUCAACAGGAUGAGUACAACUGAGCUCAGCGCCAAGCUUGCAGAGUUAAAACUUGAAACCAGGGGUGUGAAAGAUGUGUUAAAGAAGAGGCUGAAAAGUUAUUACAAGAGGCAGAAACUGAUGCAGACGAUGCAGACUGAGAGCAGCAGCAAUGACACCUAUUACAAGUACAUCUGCGUUGUGGAUUUCGAAGCAACGUGUGAGGAAAGCAAUCCACCAGACUACCUCCAUGAGAUCAUUGAGUUCCCUGUGGUCCUCAUCAACACUCACACACUGGAGAUUGAAGAUUCAUUUCAGGAAUACGUCAGGCCAGAAGUUAACAGCCAGCUUUCUGAUUUCUGUGUCCAGCUUACUGGAAUCACACAGGACACGGUUGAUAAGGCUGAUACCUUUCCUAAUGUGCUUCAGAGGGUAGUGGACUGGCUUAAAGAAAAGGAGCUAGGAACAAAGCAUAAAUAUGCAGUGCUGACUGACGGAUCCUGGGAUAUGGGUAAAUUCUUAAACAUUCAGUGUCAUAUAAGUCGUAUCCGGUAUCCACAGUUUGCCAAGAAAUGGAUAAAUAUACGAAAAGCCUACGGGAACUUUUACAAGGUACCCAGAACCCAAACCAAGCUUACGACAAUGCUGGGGAACCUUGGGAUGAAGUAUGACGGUCGGCCUCAUUGCGGGCUAGAUGACUCGCGGAAUAUCGCCCGGAUCGCCAUGCGCAUGCUGCAGGAUGGCUGUGUGCUACGUGUCAACGAGAGGAUGCAUGCUGGCCAGCUGAUGAGUGUGUCUAGCAAAGCACCUGUAGAGGGUGCUCCUCCGCCACACUGUCCACAUUCCAGGAACUAACAAACCCAUUUGGAAAACUGCUUUUCAGGGACAAGAGCGGUGAGGCCUUAGUGUACAUGAUGGUUAUUAACAGAGUUGACUGAAAGGGAUCCUCCUGGUUGGAAAAUUGGUGUACUGUCUGAUCACCAUGUUGGCUGCCUUUUAAACAGAUAGAGUUGCUUUUAAAUUCUUAGUAAUUGAUUUAAAAGAAGUCCACGCUCUAUAUAAGCAGGUAACGAACACUUUUUACAAUUUUUUUUUUAGCUUUGCUAAAGUAAGAGCUGUUGGUGCUUGAGGUGAAUUUCUUGUUUUGGCUUUUACAACAUACUUGUGCCCCAUCGAAACAUGGGGGUUUUUUAUUAUAAAGUUUUUUUCUGUUAGAAUUUUCUGUCAUGUCAUCCUAACUGGCGCUAUUGUACUGCUGUAAUUCACUGUUAACAUCGUUGUGUGGGUAGACUUUGUCCAUGGAGCGAAGGUUAUAAUGUUUGCUCUACUAUGUGAAGUUUGAUCUUUUAUCUCCCACAGACCACACUGGAUCUCACUUUGAUGACCCAGUAUCAAGUA